GCUCUCGGCGUCCCGGUUGCCACAGCAAUGCCUAUGGGCUCAGCUGGCCGCACUAUCUCACCCACAGGGCGAGGGCAGCUGGGUGCCCAGGCUCGGGACACAGGACUGCAGAGCCAGGGGCCACACAGGCGUGGGGCCUGGGCAACUAGGAGGUCCUGGCCAGUCGGAGGAGACGUACGGAGAGCAGGGCCAGGCCUCCUCUGGGGCCCGGUGCUCUGGGCUGCAAUGAGCUCCGCCUCCAGUGAGCAUGGCAGCGGGGACGCCUCCCAACAGCCCCCACUGGGGCUGGACGCCGUGAUCCAGAGACUGGAGGACACCGUCCUGAGCCCCAUGGCCAGCAGGGAAGACCGGGUGCUGACGGUGCGUGGAGACGGCCGGAGGGCCUCGCCCACCCCUGUGCCCGCCCGCAUCCGGGAGAUCGUGGCCGGCAGCCUGGCUGAGGAGCCACCCCAAGGGGUGCAGGAGCCGACAGCCACUGUGGCCUGGGUGCAAGAGGAGAACCAGCUCCUGCAGGAGGAGCUGACCCGGCUGGGGGACCUGCUGGCCCAGGCUGGCGCUGAGCGGGAUGAGCUGGCCAGCAGGUGCCACGUGGUCAGCAAGCAGCUGCAGGCCCGGCUGGAGACCACGGAGGCUCGGCUGCGGAGGUCGGAGAUGGUGCACAGCAGGGAUCUGGAGGAGGCCCUUGGCCGCCUGGAGGCCGCCGAGCAGAGGAGCACCGGCCUGUGCCAGGUGAACGCCCUCCUGCGGGAGCAGCUGCAGCACAUGAAGAAGGCCAACGACGCACUGGCCCGGGAGCUGGCGGGGACGAUGGGCAGCAUGCGGCGUCUGCAGGGCGAGCUGGAGCGGAGGCGCCGGCCCCAGGGACAGGCCCAGCCAGGGGGCCUGGGGAAGGCCCAGGACCUCCUGCUCCUGUGGAGACAGGCUGUGGUGCUGGCGACAGGCCUGGCUGAGCUGCGCACAGUCACGGAGAGGGGCCUCGCUGACCUGCAGGCAGACACGGCCAGGACCGCCCGCCGCCUGCACACCGCCUGCCUGAACCUCGACUCCACCCUGCGGCUGUCGGCCAGCAGCACAGCCCGCACCCUGGGGCAGCAGCUUCAGGACAAGGUUGGCGAGAUGCUGCAGCUGCAGAGCCCCGGGGACGCAGAGAAGGCAGUGCUCCAGGCCAGGCUCUCAGAGCAAACGCUGCUGGUGGAGAAGCUCACAGAGCAGAAUGAGCAGAGUGCAAGGACCAUCACUGCCCUCAGAGCCGACCUGCAGAGCCUGGUGGUGGAGGAGGAUGAGUGGUGCCCCAGCACUGAAGGGGAGAAGGCUCAGCGCCCGCAGAGGAGCCCCCCACGUGCCACGUCCCCCCACCAAGGGGCAUCCCUGCCACGCACCCACACCCCAGCUGCCCAGGACCCCACACUGCGGGCCGUGCGGGCAGCCAUCGAGAGGCGGCGGCUGCGGGAGCAGGAGCUGUGCCUGCGGCUGGAGUCCUCCCAGGCCCUGGCAGCCAGGCUCCGGGAGCAGCUGUCCGAGUGCCGGCAGGAGCUGUGGGCCGCACAGCAGGAGCGGGCUCGGGAGCAGAAGGCCCUUCGGGGCCAGCUGGAGGCCCAGGGGCUGGAGGAGCGGCAGUGCCGGGCGUCCUGCAAGCUCCUGGGGAGGGAGAAGGCGGCUCUGGAGAUGGUGGAGAGAGGGAAGGUGGGCGCUGCAGAUGCGGAGAAGCGGGGGCUGGAGGCCUCGGAGCCGCAGGAGGAGCAGAGGGAGGAGCUGGCUCUGUGGAGGCGGCGGAGCGGCAGGGCCCUGGAGACCAGUCAAGGCCGCCUGCAGCAGCUGGAAGAGAAGGUCUCCAGGCUCAGGGAAGAGCUGGCUUCAGCCCGGGAGGCACUGAGCAUGGCACAGCUCCAGCGGGACGUCGCGGAGAGCGAGAGGGAGGCCCUGCACGGAGCCCUGGCCCGGGCCGAGUACAGCAAUGCUGACCUGGAGCUUCUCAUGAGGCAGCUGAAGUCAGAGGGCGUGCAGCAAAGGGACUCCCUGGCUGCCAUGGCCACCCUGAUGGACGGGCUGGCUCGGGACAAGAGUGUGCUGACCCACCUGACCCUCCAGCUGGAGCAGGAGCGGCACCAGCUGCGGGAGCAGCAGAAGGCUCUGGAGCAGGAGCAGGCCCGGGCCAGGGGGCAGCUGGCAAAGGCGGAGCAGCAGCUGGCGCUGGAGCAGGCGGAGCGCAGGGGCCUGGAGCAGCGGCAGGAGCAGCUGGAGGGCCAGGCAGCCUUGCUGGGGCGAGAGAAGGCCCAGCUCCAGGAGCAGGUGGUCCAGGUCACCUGCCAGAAGCAGGCCCUGGAGGAGCAGCUGGCUCAGAGCCUGCAGGACCAGGAGGCCCAAAUGGACACUCUGCAGCAAGCCCUGCAGGAGAACGGUGCUCUGUCCGAGGAGCGGGCCCAGCUGCUGGCCCAGCGGGAGGCGUUGGAGAGGCAGGGCCAGCUCGCAGCUGAAGAGGCAGCUGAUCUCAGGGCGGAGAGGGACUCCCUGGAGAGCAGCCUCCUCCAGGCCCAGCAGCUGGCCGCGCAGCUGCAGGAGCAGGUGGAGGAGGAGGUCCGGAGCGCAGGACUCACGCGGCAGGCCUUGCAAGUGGAAAUGAGGCAGCUGCAAAGUGACUGGGAGGUCCAGGAGACGAAGCUGCGGCAGGACACGGGGCAGCUCCAGCAGCAGGUGGCACAGCAGGAGCGGGGGGCACAGCUGGCCCUGGAGAGCCAGGCGUCGGCCCACCGUGAGACCCUGGCACAGCUCCAGCGGGAGAAGGAGACCCUGAGUCUGUCCCUGGCAGAGGAGAAGGAGGUAGCCAGAUGCCAGCUGGAGCAGGAGAAGGAGCUGGUGGCAAAGAGUGCGGCUGAGAGGGAGGCUCUGAAGGAGGAAAUUCACAGCCUGAAGCAGGAGCGGGACGAGAGCCUUCUCCAAAUGGAGCACAAGAUGCAGCAGGCCCUGUCCCUGAGAGACGCAGAGCUGAGCCUUCUGAGCAAGGAGCUCACCAGGGCCAGGAGGGCGCUGGAGCGGGCACAGCAGGAGGCACAGGGCCAGCAGGAGCACGCACAGGCCACUGUCAGCGCCACGACGGAGGAGCUGAAGGCCCUCCAGGCCCAGUUUGAGGAUGCCAUCGCAGCCCAUCAGACGGAGACCACGGCCCUGCGUGAGCGCCUCCGGGACCUGGCGGCUGAGCGAGGCCAAGUGAAGAGAGAGGCUGAGAGGCUGCGGGCACAGCUGACCAUGGCUCAGGAGGGGUUGGCCACACUACGCCAGGAGCUGCAGGCCGUCCAGGAGAGCCGGGAGGAGGCCCGCCAGGCGCUGGGUGACAAGGCCCGAGAGAAGGAUGUACUGUUGCGGUCCAACAGCGAGCUGUGGGCCGCCGUCUGCAGGGCUGAGCAGGAGAAGGCCAGUUUUAAGCGGUCCAAGGACGAGAAGGAGCAGAAGCUGCUGGUCCUGGAGGAGGCAUGGGCGGCGGCGCAGCGGGAGGCCAGCGCACUGCGGGCCCGCCUGUGGGAGCUGGAGCAGGCGCGGGGGGACACCCGCCAGGAGCUCCAGGAGCUCCACAGACAGGUGAGGACGCUGAUGGCCGAGAACCAGAGCAGGUGCAGAGAGGCCCAGGAGCUGCAGGGGCGACGCUCGCAGGAGGUGCUGGAGCUGCGGAGGCAGGCGGCCGGGGCGGAGGCCGGGCGCGCGGGUGCCCGGGAGGAGGUCCUGGGGCUGCAGAGGAAGUUGGCCGAGGUGGAGGCCAUCUGUGAGGCCCGCGGACAGCGGCUCCAGGAGCACCUCCAUGACAGCUGCGGGGCAGAGCUGCACAGCGUCACCAGGAAGCUGCAGCAAGCCAGCGCUGUGGCCGAUGCUCUCCAGGCUCGCCUGGACCAGGCCUGUCAGCAGAUCCACAGCCUGGAGCAGGAGCUUACCCAGGCCCAGUGUGCGAGGCAGGGGGCAGAGGCCCAGCUGCGCCGGCUCUGCUCCGCAUUCCGCCGUGGCCUGGGGCUCCAGGGACAGAGCCCAUGGGCCUCCCCGGAGCAGCCCGGUUCCCCCACCCAAGGCUCCAACGGCUCCCAGGCUCUCCCUGGGCGAGAGGGUGCCAGCAGCCGAGCCAGGCCCCACUCACCCCUCCGACGGCCCUCGCCCACACCCGGAGGCCGCAGCUCUGAGCUCCUGGAUGUGGACACUGUGAAGGACGUCCUACAGGACUUUGUGCGGAAGCUCCGAGAAGCCCAGCGGGAGCGGGACGACUCUCGCGUCCAGAUGGCGACCCUGAGCAGCCGGCUGAGUGAGGCAGAGUGCAGGUGUGCCCGGGCCCAGAGCCACGUGGGGCAGCUACAGAAAGCCCUGGCCGAGGCCCAGGAAGGCCGGCGCCAGGUGGAGGGUGUGCUGGGCAGUGCCCGGGCAGCGAGAGCCCUGCAGAAGGAGGCACUGGGCAGGCUGGAGUUGGAGCACCUGGCGAGCAUGCGUGUGGCAGGCCGGGAGAAGCGGCGGCUGCAGGAACAACUGGACGCACUGCGCCAGACCCUUGACAAGGGCAGGAGGCACAGCCAAGGCCUGGCCAAGAGGAAGCUGCUGGAGGAGCAGCUCACCAACUUGGAGCACAGGCGCCCAGAGGCCGAGGAAUCGCUGGAGCGCCCGCGACAGACAGAGCAAGAGACACUGAAGAGGGAGGAGGCUGUGGCGAGGCUGGGGGCCGAGAAGGAGCAGCUGGCCCAGUCUCUGAACAGCCUGCACCAGGAGGUGGACGGAGCCCAGAGGCAGCAUCAGCAGCUGCAGGCCCAGAUGGCAGAGCUGGAGGAGGUGCACACCCUGCGGCUCCGGGAGCUGGCUGUCCAGCGCCAGCGGGACCUGGCAGCAGAGGCACAGCGUCUGCCUGGGGCCCUGGAGGCCCAAGGACGGACCCACCAGCAGCGGGUGGAGGUGCUGGAGGAGCAGGUGGCCGGCCUGAAGGAGCAAUUAGACCAGGAAGCGCAGUGGCAGCAAGAGGCACAGCUCGGCCAGGUCCUCCCGCCAGGGCAGUAAGCCCUCUGCAAACCAUCCAGCAGCCGGCCGCCUCAGCCCUCACCAGCCAGGGGCCCUGGGGAAGUGCUGGAGGCCCCAGGCUGCGGGGGAACCACUGUGGGGAAAACCGAUGCCUUGUGCUCUGCAUAAGAGGGACAAAGCUCAAACGGGGUGGGCAUGAUGCCAGUGGAAAGCACAGCGUGCGGGCAGCCGCCACCCGGCAGCACUCACUCCCCAGGGGCCCCAGGCAGCCAGCCGCACACUCUGAGCCUACUGACCGCAGAGCUCCUCCGCCACCCUGCAGGUCACUCACCUCCAACAUCCCCUUCCCCUCCGGCAGACAGCAGGGGCUUGGGUGCCCCCACAGCCCGCCCCCGCCUGGCAUCCCCACAGCCCGCCCCCGCCUGGCACUCUGUUUCCACUUCAGGGCAGCUGGUCUGGCCAGACCCCCGGGCCAGGCCCUGUCAGGCCGGCUUCCCCGGCUUCAUUCCGUGCCCUCAGCUCCAUAAACACGGGAAAACACGUGGAAAACAUUUCCACCAACCGAAGCCAAAAACAGAAUGUCCUGCAAGGCCAGCCACCACAGCCCCACGCCCAGCGGCUGGAGCCUCCGCAUCCAGGAACUCCGGCCGUCACGGUGGCAGGUGGCUGAAGUGACUCAGUGCAAGUCCCCGUGACUCACUGGCCGCCAGAAGCAGGGGAGUGUCACACUGAAGGCUGUUACAGAGCUUCCCGUGUUCCUGGCCUAGAAACGCUGGGUACCGUCCGGCGGCACUCCGGCCGAGCUGCCAUCUUGGCCACGUGGCGUGGGCCACCUGCAGGCGUCUGCAUGCCUCGCCUCCACCACCAUUGCUCACAGUGGCCUGUUCUCCCCCCCAAAGCGCCUCAUGCCUUACAGCUGCUCAUCUGUGAUAUCCGCGGGGCACCAGCCAGCCGAGCGAAUUCCUGCAUGUGCACAGGGCCCAUCCCAGCUGCAAGGACCUGGCCUAGGGGUGCAAGGCCAGAGGUUCCCAGCACCCACCCAUGGCAGUCACUGUGAGCCCUGACCGAAUGGGCAACAGUGUCUAUUUCGAGAUCACUCAGGGACUUGAGUGUGUCCUGGCACACCUGGCUUUCUGGUGGAUUUAGUAAUGGAGUUAACACAUGCUGUGAAUUGUGAAAACCAAGCGCUAAAGAGAGGUGGGCGGAGGGGCCCCUUCCUGCCUGUCACCUCUGCCUGAGGUCACAGCUGGUGGCUGUGUUGAGGGUUCUGAGGUUCAGCCUGGGCUAUGGGGGAAGAGCUUGGUGACCCAUGAGCAGCGGUUACUCCGGGAAAGGAAGAGUCGGAGGUGGCAGCGGUGCUCCGACAGGCACCCCUGGUGUGGCCAGUCAAGGGUGGAGGACAGCAGGCAGCCUGCCCUCACUGCUGGAGAGCGCUCUGCCAGAUGGCAGGUGGAGGGUCACUGAGAGGCAGCAUGUGGUGCCCAGGGCCUGGCACUCAGUAGGCAUGUCCCCUCCGUCCCUCCCUCCCCAUCCACAGUCUCCUCGCCUCAUGGAGGGGGCCUCCCACUCCGCAGCCCAGCAGAAGGACCUGAGGGAUGGCCAGGUGGGAGGGAGGACCGGAACCUCGAGGUUCUCAUUGUGGGACAGGAGACUCAGCAUUGGCCCCUCCCGCCCGGGCAGGGGGAGCCCCCGUGUGUCCCCAGGGCUGUGGUGGCCACGCCUCCCACUUUGCAUCCCUGAGGCGCAUUGCAGGUGGGAGGGUCCCAGGUGAUUUCUGGGUGUCACCGUGAGUAGCCAGCUCGCUCUCCCACAGUUCCAGGACCCUCCUUGCCCUGGCUGCUCACAGGGAGCAUUUGAAACGCACGUGGGGGCCUGAGAAUUGUGAAUCUUAACAAAUACUUAAAUCAGCAUAGGAGAUGCUACUUUUACUGCCUCAACGUGAAGGCAUGUCUUU